GGUGCAGAGAGCCGGAGGAAGGCCCGGCUCCAGUCCCGACUCCCUGCCCAGUGCCCAGCCCAGGCUCCGGGAUCCACCCCCACGCCGGGGCGCCUGUGCGCAGCGCCUGCUCCGUGCGCUCCGGGGCGGAGCGGAGCGGAGCGAGGCUGGGCGGCUGCAGCCGGAGCUGGAUGUCCGGGCUCAGGGCGCUGCUGGGGCUCGGCCUGCUGGUCUCUUCGGGCCCCCGGCUGGUGGCGGCGGGCGGGGGCGCUGCCCGGUCCGGCGGGGCCUCCGCGGGGAUCUGGGGCGCAGGCCGGGAGCGCAGCAGCAGCGCCAUGCAGAGCCCGGGGCGCAGCGGGGUCACGUACCUCAGCCAGGAGGAAGCACAAGCCAUCGAUCAGGAGCUCUUCACGGACUACAAGUUCAGCGUCGACCAACUCAUGGAGCUGGCGGGGCUGAGCUGUGCGACGGCCAUUGCCAAGGCCUAUCCGCCCAGCUCCUUCACCAAAAGCCCACCCGCGGUGCUGAUCGUCUGUGGCCCAGGGAAUAACGGAGGGGACGGCUUGGUCUGUGCCAGGCACCUGAAGAUGUUUGGCUACGAGCCGAGCGUGCAUUACCCCAAGCGGCCCAGCAAAGCUCUGUUUGAAGGGUUGACGACUCAGUGCCAGAAGAUGGACAUUCCCUUUCUCUCGGAGUUCCCGUCAGAGGCCAUGCUGAUUGAUGAGCUGUAUGGCUUGGUGGUGGAUGCUAUUUUCGGAUUCAGCUUCAAGGGAGCCGUGCGGGAACCUUUCGGCAGCAUCCUCAGGACCUUGGAGCAAGUCACCGUCCCCAUCGCCAGCAUCGAUAUCCCCUCCGGCUGGGACGUGGAGAAAGGCAGCCCCGACGGCAUCCAGCCCGACAUGCUCAUUUCUCUCACUGCCCCCAAGAAGGCUGCGCAGCAUUUUGCUGGCCGCUAUCACUUCCUGGGGGGCAGGUUUGUGCCAAUGGCUCUGCAGCAAAAAUACUCACUUAAUCUGCCGCCCUACCCCGAGACUGACUGCGUCCUGCAGUUACCCUAGCCAGGGCCAGGCAGGAUUGGCUUUA